AUGGACCCGUUUACGGAGAAACUGCUGGAGCGAACCCGUGCCAGGCGAGAAAAUCUUCAGAGAAAAAUGGCUGGAAGGCCCACAGCAGCUGCAAGGUCUGCAACUCAUGCUAAGCGAUCCAGAGAACCACUUACUGAAACAAGUAACCAGCAGCCUCCAUCUGGUGGUGAAGAGAAAUCUUGUACAAAACCAUCACCAUCAAAAAAACGCUGUUCUGACAACACUGAAGUAGAUGUUUCUAACUUGGAAAAUAAACAACCUGUUGAGUCAGCUCCUGCAAAGUCUUGUUCUCCAGGUCCUGUGUCUCCUCAGGCUCAGUCACAAGAACCAACUACUGUCAGUGAUUCUGUGGCUGUCCCAGCAUCUCUGCUGGGCAUGAGAAGAGAGCUGAACUCAAGAUUGGACACAACUGCAGCCUCCUCAGUUAAAACACGAAUGCAAAAACUUGCAGAGCAACGGCGCCAUUGGGAUAAUAACAGUAUGACAGAUGAUAUACCCAAAAGCUCACUCCUCCCACCAAUGCCAGCAGAGGAAAAGGCUGCCUCCCCCGCCAAAAUACCUUCUGCAGCUGCCUCAGCAACUCCACUUGGGAGAAGGGGCCGUCUGGCCAACCUUGCUGCAACUAUUUGCUCCUGGGAAGAUGAUGUAAAUUACUCAUCUGCAAAGCAAAACAGUGUACAAGAACAGCCUGGUACCACUUGUUUAUCCAAAUUUUCCUCUGCAAGUGGAGCAUCUGCUAGGAUCAAUAGCAGCAGUGUUAAGCAGGAAGCUACAUGCUGUUCUCAAAGGGAUGGUGAUGCCUCUUUGAAUAAAGCCCCAUCCUCGGGUGCUGCUGAUGCAUCUUUGGUUAAUACCUCAAUUUCCAGCUCUGUGAAACUGCUGGAGCGAACCCGUGCCAGGCGAGAAAAUCUUCAGAGAAAAAUGGCUGGAAGGCCCACAGCAGCUGCAAGGUCUGCAACUCAUGCUAAGCGAUCCAGAGAACCACUUACUGAAACAAGUAACCAGCAGCCUCCAUCUGGUGGUGAAGAGAAAUCUUGUACAAAACCAUCACCAUCAAAAAAACGCUGUUCUGACAACACUGAAGUAGAUGUUUCUAACUUGGAAAAUAAACAACCUGUUGAGUCAGCUCCUGCAAAGUCUUGUUCUCCAGGUCCUGUGUCUCCUCAGGCUCAGUCACAAGAACCAACUACUGUCAGUGAUUCUGUGGCUGUCCCAGCAUCUCUGCUGGGCAUGAGAAGAGAGCUGAACUCAAGAUUGGACACAACUGCAGCCUCCUCAGUUAAAACACGAAUGCAAAAACUUGCAGAGCAACGGCGCCAUUGGGAUAAUAACAGUAUGACAGAUGAUAUACCCAAAAGCUCACUCCUCCCACCAAUGCCAGCAGAGGAAAAGGCUGCCUCCCCCGCCAAAAUACCUUCUGCAGCUGCCUCAGCAACUCCACUUGGGAGAAGAGGCCGUCUGGCCAACCUUGCUGCAACUAUUUGCUCCUGGGAAGAUGAUGUAAAUUACUCAUCUGCAAAGCAAAACAGUGUACAAGAACAGCCUGGUACCACUUGUUUAUCCAAAUUUUCCUCUGCAAGUGGAGCAUCUGCUAGGAUCAAUAGCAGCAGUGUUAAGCAGGAAGCUACAUGCUGUUCUCAAAGGGAUGGUGAUGCCUCUUUGAAUAAAGCCCCAUCCUCGGGUGCUGCUGAUGCAUCUUUGGUUAAUACCUCAAUUUCCAGCUCUGUGAAAGCUACUUCUUCCCCAGUGAAAUCUUCUACUACGUCUAUCAGUGAUGCUAAAAAUUGUGAGGUACAACAUCCUGAGCUAAAAAAAACUCCUGUUAGUCCUCUGAAAACAGAGGUAUCGAAACCAAUUGUGAAGUCAACUUUAUCCCAGACAGUUCGGUCUAAAGAACCAAAUAGAGAAAUUUGUCUGCAGUCUCAAUCUAAAGACAAAUCUCCAACACCUGGUGCAGGAAUUAAACCUUUUCUGGAACGUUUUGGAGAGCGUUGUCAAGAGCACAGUAAAGAAAGUCCAGCCCGUAGCACACCACAUAGGACCCCUGUUAUCACUCCAAAUACAAAGGCUAUCCAAGAAAGAUUAUUCAAGCAAAAUACAUCUUCAUCUACUACCCAUUUAGCACAGCAGCUGAAGCAGGAACGUGAAAAAGAACUAGCAUGUCUUCGUGGCCGAUUUGACAAGGGCAAUUUAUGGAGUGCAGAAGGUGAAAACUCAAGAAGCAAACAACUAAAAACCAAAGAGGUAUGUGCAAAGAGCCUGGACAUAAACGUGGAGAAGUUGGGUUGGUCCAGGAUUGGGGUUUUGCCAGACAAGAGGAAUGGGAAACAUGGUUUCACUGAGUGCGAAGUGAUGAAGUCUAGCCCUUUGAAAAUAACAUUGUUUUUAGAAGAGGAUAAGUCCUUAAAAAUAACGUCAGAUCCAAAGGUUGAGGAGAAGACUGAAGUGGUACGUGAAAUUGAGAUGAGUGUGGAUAAUGAUGAUGAUAUCAAUAAUUCAAAAGUGAUUAAUGACAUCUUCAGUAAUGUCUUAGAGGAAGUUGAACUAGAUUUGGGAAAGAGCCAAGAGGAGAUGGAUCAAAUGGAAGCAGAAAGCAAUGAAGAACAGGAAGAUGCACUGAAUAUCUCCUCAAUGUCUUUACUUGCUCCACUUGCACAGACAGUUGGUGUGGUAAGUCCAGAGAGUUUAGUUUCCUCACCUAGAUUGGAAUUGAAGGACACCAGCAUAAGUGAUGAAAGUCCAAAGCCAGGAAAAUUCCAAAGAACGCGUGUUCCUCGAGCUGAGUCUGGUGAUAGCAUUGGUUCUGAAGAUCGUGAUCUUCUUUAUAGCAUUGAUGCAUAUAGAUCUCAAAGAUUCAAAGAAAUAGAACGUCCGUCAAUAAAGCAGGUGAUUGUUCGGAAGGAAGAUGUUACUUCAAAAUUGGAUGAAAAAAAGAAUGCCUUUCCUUGUCAUGUUAAUAUCAAACAGAAAAUGCAGGAACUCAAUAAUGAAAUAAAUUUGCAGCAGACAGUGAUCUAUCAAGCUAGCCAGGCUCUUAACUGCUGUGUUGAUGAAGAGCAUGGCAAAGGGUCUCUAGAAGAAGCUGAAGCAGAAAGACUUCUUCUAAUUGCAACUGAGAAGAGAACACUUUUGAUUGAUGAGUUGAAUAAAUUGAAGAAUGAAGGGCCUCAGAAGAAGAAGAAGGAUGGUCCUAUAUCUCAAAGUGAAUUUGUCCCAUCCAAAGGAUCAGUUACUUUGUCAGAAAUCCGCUUGCCUCUAAAAGCAGAUUUUGUCUGCGGUAUGGUUCAGAAACCAGACGCAGCAAAUCACUAUCACUUAAUUAUACUAAAAGCAGGAGCUGAAAAUAUGGUAGCCACACCAUUAGCAAGUACCUCAAACUCUCUUAAUGGUGAUGCUCUGACAUUCUCUACUACAUUUACUCUGCAAGAUGUGUCUAAUGACUUUGAAAUAAAUAUUGAAGUUUACAGUUUGGUACAAAAGAAAGAUCCCUCAGGCCCUGAUAAGAAGAAAAAAACAUACAAGUCCAAGGCUAUUACUCCAAAGCGACUCCUCACAUCUAUAACCACAAAAAGCAACCUUCCUCCUUCAGUUAUGGCCAGUCCAGGAGGUCUCAAUGCUGUGCGUACCAGCAACUUUGCACUCGUUGGAUCUUACACACUGUCAUUAUCUUCAGUAGGAAACACUAAGUUUGCUCUGGAUAAGGUGCCCUUUUUAUCCCCUUUGGAAGGUCAUAUUUAUUUAAAAAUAAAGUGUCAAGUGAAUUCAAGUGUUGAAGAAAGAGGUUUUCUAGUGGUCAUUCCAGCCAUGGUGAGAGCAGAAGUUAGACUGUGGAGGGUUGUGGAGCAAGUGGGAGGUGAGGAACGAGAGCAGGAGCCACUCUUGGAAACCAAGUUUGGCAGUGAAGGGAUAAAGAGAAGACUGUGGUACCUGCAGAGAUUUGUGUUUUUAAAGAACCCCAUAGGAAGGAUAAAUCUGGCCAAUUGUACCAGUCGUCAGAUAGAACCAGCCAACAGAGAAUUUUGUGCAAGACGCAACACUUUUGAAUUAAUUACUGUCCGACCACAAAGAGAAGAUGACCGAGAAACUCUUGUCAGCCAAUGCAGGGACACACUCUGUGUCACCAGGAACUGGCUGUCUGCAGAUACAAAAGAAGAGCGGGAUCUCUGGAUGCAAAAACUCAAUCAGGUUCUUGUUGAUAUUCGCCUCUGGCAACCUGAUGCUUGCUACAAACCUAUUGGAAAGCCUUGAACUAUGGGAAAUGUCCAUGCCACAUAGAGGUUUUUGAGUUAUGUCGUAAAUAUAUCUUAAGAAAAUACACUUAAAAGCAUUAGAUUUGUUGAUUGCAUUUCAUGCUUUUAAAUACGAAAGGGUUGUGCCAAUAUUCACUACAUAUUAUGCAGUAUUUAUAUCUUUUGUAUGUAAAACUUCAACUGAUUUCUCUUCUGUCAUUCAUAAAUGAUUGGAAGUAAAUUUAUUAUAGUUGAUUUUGCUAAAGUGUAAUUUAAAAGCCUCAUUUUCUUAGAAAUCUAAUUAUUCAGUUAUGACAAAAUGUUUUUUAAAAGUAAGAAAUUCUGAGUUGUCUUCUUGCAGCUGUAGGUUUGGAAGUAGCAAGGUCUUCCAGGAGUUGGAGACAGACACCUCAGUUUUGGGGAUUCCCUUUUCUGGCCUCAGUAGUUUUUUCUAAAGGUUGUGAUCAUUUAUUGAUCAUGAUGUGAAUUAUUACUAGAAUACUGAAAAAAAAAAUUCUAUGGGACUUUAUAAGAACAUUUUUAAUAAUGGAGGCGAGAACUUUCUCAUGUCUAUUAAAGUUUGAGGCUGCCUUCAGAAAAGAGAUGUAGACAUAGGAGACAUUGUGUGAGGUUUGGGGGUUAAUUAAAUAUUUUAUAUAGAAUAGUUAAUAAUCACAUGGUUUACAUUUACUCAGUUAUAUAUGCAUUGUGGUGCACAUUUUUAUAGAAUUCAGGCUUUAUUAAAAUAAUUAUUGUUGCUAUAUAGCUUAUAGACUCCUGAAAUAUACUUAGCAUAUUAGUUCUUUCUGCUCCUGUAACACAAACAAAUGUAAAUUAAAGAAUCUUUAUAUAAAAAAAGUAAACUUUUACCAAGCUGCUAUGGACUAAUACUUUGCUUGCCAAAGUUCUUUUUUUUUUUUCCAUGUCUAUGUACAAGAGUGUCUAGAAACACAUUUUGAAAUCAUUUGAAAAACUAUUAAGUCAUGUAUUAUCUUUAAAAACCUAAUGCCCUUUUUAAUUAUACGAUAUUUGUAAAGCCGUGGUCUCAACUUUUAAAUACACUUUGCAUUUCCUUUCUGAAUCGUUAAGGUUAUUGAUGAUCUCAUUUAUAAACACUAAGUUCUGUCACCUCCUGUUAUUCUAUUUUUUAUUCAUUCAAAUGUGUUUUUUCUUAUGUAUAUUAUAAAACUGUAUUUUGUGACCUCUCACUUAAAUAAAUACUUACGAAUA